AUGCUCAGGGACUUUGAACUUGAGAGAAAAAAAAGAGUGAGGAUGAGGAAAAAAAAGGAUGAAACCCGGCAACCAGUCUUCGUGCGCAAUGCUCGAGGCUCGUUGUCGGGUUUUGCCCUUUUCUACUCUGUUCUAAAAAUGUGCAUUAACCUUAAAUUUAUUUUCCUAGGUAGUGGAUUGGGUCCGUGUGGCUCAAUGGAAGAGCAUCUGACUACGGAUCAGAGGGUUGCAGGUUCGAGUCCUGUCACGGAUGUUUUUUGGAAUUUUUCCAUUUUUUUUUCAUGGGAACGGAUUUUUUUUUUUUUUUUUCGGCGCCCGCCGUUGUGUCGUUGCCGGCGUCCUCCUUUCGUUUUUCCCCCCAUUCCCUCCGGGCAUCGUGGGGAAAAAUACCGUGCCGGCCUUCGCUUUCCCCCAAUUUGGGGGCCCUUCUUCCCCUCCAUCCGAGCGGAGGGGCCCCGCGGCGCCGGUCCAGACCCCCCACCCCCUUCCCGCAUUCGAUGUUUACAGACCUGCCGGCGCCACCCUUUCUAA